ACGCCGCAGCAGCAGCAGCAGAACUGCAGCAGAGCGCAGCGAAGAAGCAGAGAGCGCGACGCAGACAUGGCCGCAACCGCGUGCUUCCUCCACCAUCUCGUUCCCUCCACCGCCUCCACGGCCGCCUCGCGGACCUCCUCCCCCCGCCUCGUGCCCAAGCCUAACAACAUCCUCUGCAGGGCCGCUCAGAAACCGGCCGCCUCCGUCGACGACGACAGCACCGCCGCCAUCUCCCGCCGCCUAGCUCUCGCCGUCCUCAUCGGCGCCGCCGCGGUCGGCUCCAAGGCCGCCCCUGCCGACGCCGCCUACGGAGAAGCCGCGAACGUGUUCGGGAAGCCGAAGACGAACACGGACUUCAUCGCGUACAACGGGCCGGGGUUCAAGAUUUCGCUCCCGGCGAAGUGGAACCCGAGCAAGGAGGUGGAGUUCCCGGGGCAGGUGCUACGCUACGAGGACAACUUCGAUUCCAACAGCAGCGUCUCCGUCAUGGUCACGCCCACCACCAACAAGUCCAUCACCGACUACGGCCCCCCGGAGGAAUUCCUCGGCAAGUUUGAUUACUUGCUGGGGAAACAGACAUACGCCGGCAAGACUGAUGCCGAGGGAGGAUUCGACCCUGAUGCCGUGGCGACCGCGAACAUCUUGGAGUCGUCGACGCCGUUGAUCAACGGGAAGCAGUACUACUUCAUCUCCGUUUUGACGCGCACAGCCGACGGCGACGAGGGCGGGAAGCAUCAGCUGAUAACGGCGUCCGUGUCCGACGGCAAACUGUACAUCUGCAAGGCGCAAGCUGGUGACAAGAGAUGGUUCAAGGGAGCCCAGAAAUAUGUGGAAAAAACUGCCAGUUCCUUCAGCCUCGCAUAGGGAAAAUUUAUAUUAUGGAAUGGCCAGCUUCAAAUAUAAUUUCCUCUCGUUGUGAAUGAGUAGAACGCUAUCUGAUCUGCAUGAGAAUGUUUAUCGAUGUCUGAUCGUGAGCGAAGAUUAUGGGAUUUCAGUUUGUCGAGCUGGUGCAUGUGUACAUGCCACAUCUCAAUCUUAAUCUCUGUGACUAAUAUGUCUACAGGUCGAUAUA